AUGGAACUUCGUGAACUUAAUGAACUUGCAACAGCCUGUCGAAAUUUAAUUUCUGAUAAAGUCACAGAAAGAAAGAAACAUGUAACUCAGUUGCGUCAGCUGUUGAAAAAAAAAUCUGUGAUAAAAUAUUUGGACAGCAACUCUGGAAAUGUUGUCUGGACUGAUGUCCUUAAGGAUGUUGUGCGACAUGUCAAUGUGGAGACUCAUGCUUUACAGAAAAGCAAAGCUUCCCAAACAGGGCAGACGAUGGCCAAUAAAAAACGUGAAGUUGCUUCUCUCUUCAAAUUUGUGGUUGAGGUUGCAGAUAAACGUGGUCCCCAAUUGAAAAGUACAUUUGUGGUGAAGCACAUUAUCAAUGUCUUAGAAGACAAUUUCAUGUUUGAAUGCUAUGGACAGGUUUACAGCAGUAUCCUCCUGAAACAUGUCCUUUCUGUACGCAAAUACCAAACAGAGAUUCCUGCUGCUCAAUGGAUUCAACUGCUGAAAAUUUAUUGCCACACCUUCCAGUCAAAUGAAACUGACUGUGAUCAUCUGUUGCAUGCUCGGCUUAUUUAUGCAUUAAUUCAAACUGUUUCCCUUCACACUGAUUUGCCCACUGAAGAUCUCCUCAAGUUCUACACUGACUUUUUUCAAUCAUCCAGAAUCAGAAAGGAAAAACUGACUGUUGUGGAAUAUAUCUUGCGAUCUGUGAAUUUGUUUGUGAAGUUGGUUGGAGCAGAGGGUCGACAACAGAUGUGUAAACUUGGGGAAGUCAGCAUCCUGCAGUUGCUGUAUAUCUGGAACCAUAAGAAUUCCUUCUUGCAGACCCAGAUUAUUGAAUUUCUUCGCAUCCAAAUGAAAAUUCAUCAUCCUGGAGGUGCCAAGACUGAAGAAUUUGGAGCAUUUGCUGUUGAGUGGGAUCUCUGGAGGAGCCACUUAAGGGUAUUGUAUGAAAAGAUUUACAAUGACUUACAAGAAAUGGCAUCAAGACAUACAUUCUCAUCAAGUCCUCGGGAAAAUGUCACCAUUCUGGAUAGCCAGUAUGCAGAGCUUGCAGCUGAUGUAUACCAUCAGGUCCUCUCUGAUAGAGUCAUUGAAGUAACUCAACAGAAUUUUGAAGAAGCAUCAAGUUCUUGUAAUAAGAAACGGCGCCUUGAAUCAGGUUGGCUGGCACUUCGUGAAGAGAUAUCAUCAAUUGGCAUCAACACUAAAGUCAUUCCUUGGCUUCAGUUGGUCAAAUGUUUACUCCACAAAUACCCAACAGACUUGUCAUCUGAAGAUGACUUUCUUCCCAUGCUUCAAACCUUGGCUCAAUUUUUGGCUGACAGCAAAAGGACUCAUGUUACAGUUCACUUGUUAAACUGUCUUCAAGUAUUGGCUCCCUUGUUUAAGUCUGAAGAAGCUAGUGGCAUCUGGGCAAAAGUCUGGGCUACUUGCCUCCGGAUUGGAAAUCUUCAUUUAUGCAAAGACUCCAGUUAUCAUUUAAUGUCCAUCAUGCUUCAUUAUUCCUUGAUUCAACCCCAAAAAGAAAUGUGGAACUUAUUUGUACCCUUGAGAACCUCACCCACAGAAGACUCUGUCCGUUUUCUGGCCACAUAUUGUAGUUACUAUGACCUACCAGAACAAUAUCAGCCAGUCCUCUUAGACAAACUCAAAAGGCUGGUUUCUCAUGUCCUUAAACUAGAGGAAGUGCCAGAGACCCUGCAGAAACUUGCCUAUAUGAGUUGCCUCUUGUCCAAGUCUUUGGCUCACUUGUUGGACAGAAAUGUUAUUGACCAGUCAUCCCGUUUGAAAAUCAUUAUUUCUACUCUUUGUUGUUCUGGUCAACAUCUUCCCAGUUACAGCAUUACUUACUUUCUCCAAACUCUCAUGAAUAUAUUGAAGCAACACUACCGAGACCAAGAUAUUGUGCAAACUUGCAUUGAAUUGGUUACUAUGAUUAUCCCACACUUGUCUUGUGGGUCCCAAGAAAUGGCUAGCAUUGAGAUGACCAAGAAUAGAGACUCUAUCCUCAAACUUUUUCUUGGAAUAUGGAAAUUACAAAACAGUGGAAAGUACCACAGCAGAGUCCGUCUUGCCUUGGCAAAAUGUCUUCUUACUUUCAUUCAGAAUGACCCUGAAGGUGAGUGGACUAUUAACAACUUUGAUGAUUCUGAAAAUGUACCUAUGUGGAGACAGUUCCCAAACUAUUUGUCUGAUACAUCCCUAGAAGUCCGUCUUUACUGUGCCAGAAAUAUAUCAAGCCUGUUCUGUACAAGAGACAAUGAUGGGAAAAUACAUCCAGUAAGUCGCCAUCAACAAGAGGAAACAUUUCAGAAGGUCUAUGAGUGCACAGAAGACUGUCUUAAUAUGCAGCUUUCAGAAUUCUCUGCAGACAGGCAGAAGGAUGAACGAUGUGGUCAGAUUGCAAGUUUACUGCAUGCUUUGUCUUGUGUAGCCAUCAGCAGUCGUCUAUGUGAGCGCAAUGCCAUCUUUGCCUGCUGUUCGCACAUUCAGCUUAAUAGUGACAUUACUGUAGCUUCUGUCCAAAAGGUUCUCUCUCUUGCUGCUCAGCAACUGAGAUAUUCCAGUCUUAAAGACCUUAUUAUUAGUCAUCUUCCAUUUUUGAUCAAUAAAUGGCUCAGUAACCAUCUUGGAAUGGCCAAAUUCCCUUAUCAACUCCUUGACUGUUCUUCAGAAAUGGAUUUUUACAUGAAGUACCCAAAAGUUUGUCUCCCAUUCUUGAUGCUGACUAAGCAUGAAAUUGGUAUUGAAGCAAACUUGAUCAGGCAAAUGGGUGACCAGUGGCUAUCAGCAGAAUUAAAGCAAUGUGUACUGAAAUUAAUGGUGCACAUUCUUCCAUAUUUUGCUGUCAGCCAUUACCAAGUGCAUGAUGAAAAAAUGCAAAAGAAAGUUGAAAUUUCUUCUGAGCAUUACAAAUUGCUUUUAAAACACAUAUCCAAAGAGGACAUUGAACAAAACAUCCAAAAACGACUUUCUGAGCAAGUUGUUGAAAUUCUCUUGUGUCUUGAAGAGAAACGCAACAGACCUAAUGUGUCUGACCCCAGUCCAAAUCCUCCCUUCUACAGCUAUAAUGUUAUCAUGGCAACACUCAACUUUUUAACUGUUAGCUUCACGGAUGGUAACUUGUCAUCAUCUGGUGAAAAAUCACUUGUUUAUGUUCUCUCAAAGGCACCAGAAAAUUUUCAAAAAAUCCUCCAGUCUUUGGCUGUACAUCUGGGUGGUUGCACCCUUCUUUCAGAACAAUACCGUGCUAUCUGUAGGUAUGAACUGUUUGUGAAGCUUCUCUUGCAAGAAUUCAACACUUCCCUGGGUGGUUGCAGAGAUUAUAUUAUGCGGGAAGUCAUCUACCGUCUGCUUCACACUAUUAAAAAUCUUGCACUACAGAUCACCAAUGGUGUUGAAUGUUCCCAUGACUUAGGCUAUUUAGAGGACACAAUUGUUCGAGGCCUUCACUUGGUGGAGACUAUCAGCAAACAAGCUAUUACCAACUGCCCACAGGAGUUUUGCAAAUAUCUCCCUCAAGUGACCCAUGCUUUACUUCCAUAUUCCACUGGCUUCACAUUCAGUGAAGAUGUGUUGCAUCUGCUGAAAUUGGUGGUGAUAGACAACAGCAAUGUGUUAAAAUCAGGAAUCCUCCUGUUGGAUCCUUUCCCAGAUACAGAAGUUUUGCGCUCGUUUUGUGAGAAACAUAACUCUAUCAAAUAUGAACAUGGAGAAUUCACUUUGGCUCAGGAAAUGGAAUCUUUCCUGAAGAAUGGCCACCAGACUGUAAUGUGUGGAGAUAUCCGAAGUGAAGAAGGCUUGAAAUUCCUACACAGUCAGCUCAGCACUCGUACAAAUGAAUUAAAGAUCUUAUUGGAUCAAUGCAAAGCUGAACAUAGAGGAAAUAUAGUCUGUGAGCUUGUGCAGGAAUUGGCACGUCUUGUUCAGAACCAGUCUGGAGCUGUAGCAGAAGCUGCAGCCACUUGUCUUGGAGAUAUUGGUCCUAUUGACUUAACAUCUUGGACAUCAUCAUCUCAACAUAACAGAGGACUGAAUCAUGAUGGCUAUCAAUUAGAACAAUCUCGGAUUUACCAAUCUCACCCUUCACAACAGAAAUACUUUUGGAUCUUCUAUUGGCUCAAUCAAUACUUAAUAGAUUCAUGUUUGAACACAGUGCAGGCAGCAAGUCAGGUGCUUUCCAGUAUACUCAGCACAAAAACAGGCAAAGAUUUCACCAAGAAUUGUCUUUCAAAGAUUGAUUUCCUCUACAAUUACCUGCAUCCAUUUGUCAAGAAAAGAAGUUCUGAUUCUUUGAGACCUGUUGUAAAUAAUAUCAAUAUUGAUGACCCUAAUCUAUGGAACCCACCACAUGACGAUCAUGGAAAUGGAAAAGGAGCCUACAAUCAAAUUCUCACUCACCAUAUCAACAAUUUCUUUGCUGAGCGUUGUACCACUACCUACAACCGGCAAAAUAGUAUACUUGUCUCUGGACAGAAAAGAAUAUAUCCUGAUAUUCAGAUUCAAACAUAUGAGCAUGAGAACCAAUGGGGACGAGCUGCUGUGUCAUAUGACAUAGCUCUUAGCCAACCAACACCUACCUUGCAACAUGGUAUCCUUCAUGCUCUUCAUAAAUAUGGGCUGAGUCAUGUGCUGGAGACAUAUUUAAGAAGCAUGGAGAAUGCUAAUAGUCUGUUGAUGUCUUCAAAACUUCAAGAAUUACGCUAUGAAGCUGCAUGGCAGGCAGGACAGUGGAACUUAAAUGUUCCAUCUCGUGUUAAUGGUGACUGUAAAUACAACCAAUCUCUGUAUGUUGCAAUGGCUAACUUGUCUCGCAAUCAAAUUCAUUUGUCUACUGAAGCAGCUCAUGCAGCCAAAUUGAGUGUGAUGCAAAGUCUUCGAGUAAACAGCCUGGAAAGUUGCAGUCCUUUGUACCAGGCUCUCAGCCAACUAACAAGUCUCUCUCAACUUUCACAUAUUUUGCACCUGGACAGAGGUGACAUGAAAGACAUUCUAGAGAAGUGGAAUUUGCAGUUACAACUCUGGAAUGCCGACUUUGAGUAUGUGGAACCAAUCCAUAAGCUGCAAUGCUUAUUGCUGUCAGAACAUCUGAAAGGCUUGGAUCAGAAGCACAACUCUGUUGAGUUGUUAGGUCUGUGCACACAAUACAAACAAUUAAUCAAGGCAGCUCGAAAGGCCAGAAAAUAUGAGGUUGCUGAAAGAUCUUUACAUUUAUUAAAGAGUCUUAAAGAUGGACACAAAAUGGAUGAAUCCAUAUCAUUACAAAUAGGUGUGGAAGAGUCCAUGUUACUCUGGGAACGAGGGGAACACACCAUAGCCAAGCAUCUUAUGAAAACUGUUAUUAAACACCUAGAAAGGAAAAAAGGUUUGAAUCGCCUGAAGACAUCCAAGUUUCUUCCUCUUAUGUAUCAACUGGCUGCCAGAAUGGGCUGUGAGGAAACCCCAUUCUAUAUAACCCUCAAUAAGAUUAUUGAGCAAGUAACCCAAGACCAUCCUCAUCAUUCCCUCCAUAUUGUGAUGGCACUUGCCAAUGCAAACAAAGAUGAUGAUUAUCUACAGACAUCAGGAAGACAUGAAAAGAAAGAAAAUGCUAAUGAGAACAUUACCAACAGUCAGGACCGUGCAAAAGCUGCAAAAAAGAUAAUCCAAACUCUGUACAUUGAACUGGCAAAUUUUGAUGUGGAUAAAUAUAAACGAGAAACAAAACCCAUUCAACUGCCAUCUUCUCUCCGCCUUACCAAACUGAAGAACCUGCGUCAUGUUGCUGUGGCUACAUCCAACAUCCCUAUUGACCCAAGUGGAGUUUAUGCCGAGAUUCCUUAUGUGACAGGAUUUGAUUCAAACUUUAAACUUGCAGGAGGAAUCAACCUGCCAAAAAUCAUUCUUUGUAAUGGUUCUAAUGGUCUAAAAUACAGACAAUUGGUCAAGGGUCGUGAUGACCUCCGACAGGAUGCAAUCAUGCAGCAAGUGUUUGGACUAGUCAACAAAUUGUUGGACAAUGAUGCAGAUGCUCACAAAAGACAAUUGAAUAUUUGUACAUACAAAGUGAUUCCAUUAUCUCAAAGAAGUGGUUUAUUAGAAUGGUGUGAAGGAACACAGCCUCUUGGAGAAUAUCUAGUGGGGAAAGACAAAGGUGCCCAUCAACGUUAUUACCCACAAGACUGGUCAGCCAUGGAAUGCCGCCGAAAACUCUUGGAGUCUCCAGCCAAAAGAAAAGAGCAGAUUUAUGAAGAGAUUUGCCAAAACUUCCAUCCAGUUUUACGACAUUUCUUCUUUGAAAAAUUCUUUGAUCCUGUCAAAUGGUAUGAAUGUCGUACAGCCUAUGUAAAAAGUGUUGCUACCAACUCAAUCGUUGGCUACAUUCUCGGUCUUGGAGAUCGGCAUGUACAGAAUAUCUUGAUUAACUGUGAAACGGCACAGCUGGUCCAUAUUGAUCUUGGUGUGGCCUUUGAACAAGGUAGAAUUCUACCCACACCUGAAACAGUUCCUUUCCGGCUGACAAGAGACAUUGUGGAUGGCAUGGGGGUAUCUGGUGUUGAGGGAAUUUUCCGGAGGUGUUGUGAAAAGACAAUGUUGGUGAUGCACAACAACCAACAAUCACUGCUGACCAUUCUGCAAGUGUUGCUCUAUGACCCACUUUACAACUGGACAUUGUCCCCAGGCAAAGCUCAUCAACUUCAACAAAAGCAACAGCAACGAGACACCAGCAAGAAGAACAAUAGCAACAACAACAACAGCCCUUACAGUGGCGAGUCAGAUACGGAUGUACCACUCAAUUCAGGUAAACUUUAUCUAUUAUGA